GCGCACUCACACGCACACGCGCGCACGCAACCCCUCCCGCCGCGGGCGCGGGGAGGGCGCUGGUGGAGCUGCGGAAGGCCAAGUCCGGCAGGCGGGCCGGCGUGGCGGCGGCUGGCACUGGCUCCGGACUCUGCCCGGCUAGGGCGGCGGCUCCAGCUGGAAGGGCGACGUGGAGCGGCCACGUGGAGCGGCCCGGGAGCGCCCUCCGAGCUGGACCCUCAGCGCCGCGGCGCCGCAGCAGUUCCAGGGAGGAUGAUACCUUUGAUGAUGAGAGUGUUAAUCCUGCUGCUGCUUCCCGAGGGUCAGGCUGCUCCAAAGGAUGGAGUUACAAGGCCAGACUCUGAAGUUCAGCAUCAGCUCCUGCCCAACCCGUUCCAGCCUGGCCCAGAGCAGCUCAGACUUCUGCAGAACUACCUAAGGGGACUAGAAAGGACAGAAGUGAAGCCGGAGCAUCUGAGCCGGGAGCAGGUUCUCCUCUACCUCUUUGCCCUCCAUGACUAUGACCAGAGUGGACAGCUGGAUGGCCUGGAGCUGUUGUCCAUGUUGACAGCUGCUCUGGCCCCUGGAGCUGCCAGCUCUCCUACCACCAACCCGGUGAUCUUGAUAGUGGACAAAGUGCUGGAGACCCAGGACCUGAAUGGGGAUGGGCUCAUGACCCCUGCAGAGUUCAUCAACUUCCCGGGAGAGGCCCCCAGUCACGUGGAGCCCAGAGAGCCCCUUGCUCCGUCUCCUCAGGAGCCACAAGCUGUUGGGAGGCAGUCCCUGUUAGCUAAAAGCCCAUUAAGACAAGAAACACAGGAAGCCCUGGGGCCCAGAGAAGAAGCUGAGGGCCAGGUAGACGCCAAAAGGGAGUCCUUGGAGCCUGUCCAGGAGCCUGGGGGCCAGGCAGAAGCUGACAGAGAUGGCCCCGGGCCCAUAGGCGAAGCUGGGGGCCAGGCAGAGGCCGAAGAUGUCCCCAGGCCCAAAGGGGAAGCUGAGGGACAGGCAGAGGCCAGAGAGAAUGGAGAGGAAGCCAAGGAACUUCCAGGGGAAACACUGGAGUCUAAGAACACCCCAAAUGAGUCUGAGGUACACAUUGUUCAACUGGAGAAUGAUGAGAUCUAGAUCAUGAAGAUACAGGCUUGUACCCCGAGAAGUCUCAGUGCCAGAACAUAAGCCCUGAAGCAGGCAGGGGAAUGUACGCGGGGACAGGAACCACCUCUGUGCCCCCUGUCUGAUCCCAGUAGGUAUCAGGUCUUUCUGUGAAGCUCAGGGAAACCCUAAGUUAAGGGGCAGAUGACCAAUAAAGAACGGAAUGAAUUCA